CGGGGGGGGCGGGUCCGGCGAUCACCCGCUGAAGGAGCGGCGGUUGGCGAUGAACAACAGCAGCGCCCCCGCCUGUCAGUCAAAGGUCAGGACGGAGCCGGUGAACAGGCUCACCCUGUUAGGCCACGCCCACAUGAAGGAGGCCCUCGGUCGUCAUAGCAACAUGAAGUACAGGAAUCUCGGUAAAUCUGGACUCAGAGUGUCCUGCUUAGGACUGGGGACAUGGGUGACAUUCGGCUCUCAGAUCUCUGACGAGAUGGCAGAGAGUGUGAUGACGCUGGCGUACGACAGCGGAGUGAACUUGUUCGACACAGCAGAGGUUUACGCCUCAGGGAGGGCGGAGACGACUCUGGGAAACAUCCUGAAGAAGAAAGGAUGGAGGAGGUCCAGUUACGUGGUGACCACGAAGAUCUACUGGGGAGGACAGGCAGAGACUGAACGAGGUUUGUCCCGGAAACACAUCAUCGAAGGUCUGCGUGGAUCUCUCUCCAGGUUACAGUUGGACUACGUGGACAUCGUCUUCGCCAACAGGAGUGACAUCAACGCUCCGAUGGAGGAAGUUGUUCGUGCGAUGACCUUUGUGAUCGAUCAGGGUUUGGCCAUGUACUGGGGAACGUCACGCUGGAGCGCCGUGGAGAUCAUGGAGGCGUACUCUGUAGCCCGACAGUUUAACCUGGUUCCUCCGGUUUGUGAACAGGCAGAGUAUCAUUACUUCCAGAGAGACAAAGUGGAGCUGCACCUUCCUGAACUUUACCACAAGAUAGGUGUUGGAGCCAUGACCUGGUCCCCGUUAGCCUGCGGGCUGCUGACGGGGAAGUACAACGAGGGAGUCCCCGAGAGCUCCCGAGCCGCCAUGAAGGGCUAUGCAUGGCUGAAGGAGCGUCUCUGCAGUGAUGAGGGAAAGAAGCAGCUCAGUCAAAUCAAAGAGCUCCACCUGCUGGCUGACAGACUGAACUGCACUGCUGCUCAGCUCGCUAUAGCGUGGUGUCUCCGUAGUGAAGGCGUCAGCUCGGUUCUCCUCGGCGUCUCCAACACGGAGCAGCUGCUGGAGAAUCUCUGCUCCAUCAGGGUUCUGUGUCAGCUGACUCCGCCCCUCAUCGCAGAGAUGGACACGGUGCUCGGCAACAAGCCACGGCACGGCAAGAAGGAGGCGAGGAGCUGAGGAGGACAGGGGACAAGAGGAUGGGGGACAAGAGGACGGGG